AUGAGGGAGGAGGCUAGCGUUGUAUUUUACAGACGAAAUCGUUUCGUCUUUAUGGAUACAAUGGGGUACCAGACCAAACUCUUACAGUCCUUUCUAUAUUCCGUUGGGCCGGUGAACGCACGUCUUAUGUCUCACAUCUGCAUGGGUUUUCUCUUUGGGGAGAGCGUCAAAGAGGGACCAGAAAAACACGCGCUCAGUGAAGAUGAUGUAGACAGUCUGAAGCUCCUUCGACAAUUCGCCAGUCUGACAACAUUAGAAACUCUACUGUAUAGCUUCAAUCCUAUAUGCGCAAACGAAGCAAACCAGGAUACGCACCACUCACGAUUCGUUCGAGACGCGUGCUCACAUGUUGAUGCGCAACUGAAGAUCACCAUACCAACACUGCGCAAAAUUAUCAUCGUGUUUCAUGAAAUGCUGCCGAAAAGUCAGGUGGUGGAUUUAAUGCGCCGCUUUCAGUGGACGGUGUGGCGAACUGAUAAGAAUGGUAUUAUUAUUGAUCAAGCAUGA